GCAACUAGCCCCGCCCACCACCUUGGUCAACUGAUCGGCUGAAUUUCGCGAAUGAGUAUGACCCAUCGACUUCCUAGGCUUUAGAAGGGGGAAACCUAAAGUCAUUUUGGAGAAAUCGGCGGCUGUUUAAUUGAUACAGGCUUAUGUAACAUCUGCAUUAUAUCUACUUGUAUCUCACAUGACAAGUCAAGUGUCUUUACCUCGAAUCGCACUUCCGUGUUUUUUUAUCGCACAUAAAUGGAAGUCUUCGCAAAGAGGUCGGCAGGUGAUUACAGCGAUUUGACAUAUUAGACUGUAGUGCUCGUAAAAACGCCACUAUACCCUGGGUUUGUCCCAGGCAUGAAGAGGAAGGCUCAAGCUAUGGGUGCAACUCAGAGCUCACAUCCAAAACGGUCGACCUCGUUUUCACAGGAGGAUUCUUUCUUUGUCCCUCUGGAGGUCCUUGAGGAGAUCAUCCUGAAUCUUCCUCCAGAGCAGGUGGUUUGUGUUUGUCGGUUAGUGUGCCGUCAGUGGAAAGAGGUGGCUGACAGUGAAUCUUUGUGGAGAGAGAGAUGCAGAAGAGAAGGAUAUUACCUACGUGACGCCUCCAAAACACCUAACGACUGGAGGUUGUUUUACUUCCUGUGCAAGAAGAGAAGAAAUCUUCUCAAGAAUCCAAGAGCAGAAGAUAAAAUGAAGAAUUGGCAGAUUCUGGAGAACGGUGGUGACAGGUGGAAAGUAGAAGAAGUUAUGGCGCCACAUCCAAAUGAAGUAGUUCAGAAAAACUUUGUGACUUCUUACGGAUUGUGCAUGAAGUCUCAGCUUAUUGAUUUGGCAGAGGAAGGUUACAGUCCAUCGUUCAUGGAUCACUUCCAGCCAGACAUCAAAAUAUCUGAUUGGUAUGCACCACGAUGGGACUGUGGCAGUGAAUAUGAGAUCCAUGUGGAAUUGUUGGAUCAAAGAAAGAGACCUGUCAAGACAUUUGCCCCCAACACUAUUUCCUUUGAGCAGUGGAACGAUCAGAAAUGGAACCAGAUGAUCCAUGUAUUCCAGAACUAUGGCCCGGGAGUGAGAUAUAUCCGUUUUACCCACGGAGGCAAGGACACACAGUUGUGGGCAGGAUGGUAUGGAAUUCGUGUUACGGACAGCUGCGUUGAAAUAUGUUUAGCAAUGGACACAUAGCUCAUCGGUAUCCGUCUCAUGCUUGCUUCCUGCCUUUCGCCUGUAAUCGCAAAAUUGCGGCAAGUCUUAUUUGCCUUACACUGUAUAAUCUAAUACCAAUACUUUGUUUUGGUGGACCAGCCGAGCCAUUAAACUUAAAUGUUAUAGCCAUAUCACAGUUUUAAAUUCACAAUAUAUUAUUUUUGAUGAAAAUACAUCCUAUAUUUGCUGAAUGUUGGGAUAACAUGCCAUAAACAUUAGGAAGGCACUUUAAAUAAACUCUCUCACUCUAAUGUUCAUGUGUGACAAACCUUCCUGAAUGUAAAUAUUCUUCACACUGUACUGUGAUGUGUAUUAAGUAGUGCUGUGGAAGUGGAAUUUGAAAUGUUCUUUUUAUGUGCACAGUCUGUUUUCUGUUUUCCCACUCCUAAAUCAUCUGCAAGUGCAUAAACUUCAUGUAAGUAACCAUCAAGUCAGACAACAAUGUGUAGUAUUUGAAGUUACAUUUAUUCAUAAUACUGGUUUAUUGUGAGGCAAGUUACAGUACAACUUUGAUCUCAAUUUGAAUAAAAAUCAGACUCCAAGAAACCCGUUCA